AAUCGGCAUCGCUGGUGGUAAGUCGGCAUCGCAUCUCUAUAUAAGAAGCAUCAAGUCUCGCCUAUCGCCAGUGAAAUUAUUACUUCUGCAUUCUAAACUAUACUCUCUUCCCCAAUAUUAACAUCAUAUCAAAAUCCUCCUUUUUUCCAUCCCAACUCCAAGCCUCAAAGAAACAAUGUCUGGUCGUCUGGCUACAUAUGACACUGCCAACGAGGGCCGUCUGCCCUCCUACGGCAAGCUUCUGUUCGAGGCCAAGACAGCCAAGGCCGUGACCUUUGAGAAGCUCGCCCAGCUGACCGGCCGCACCGAGGUUGCCAUUGCUGCGCUCUUCUACGGACAGACAACGGCCACGCCCGAGGACGUUGACAAGCUUAGCGCUGCUCUCGAUAUUCCCCGCGAAGUCCUGGCGCAGCAGCUAUUGGGCUUCCCCAACCGUGGCCAGGCGGGACCCAUGCCGCCCACAGAACCCCUCAUUUACCGCCUCUAUGAAAUCAUCCAAAACUACGGCUACGCCUUCAAGGCAGUCCUCAAUGAGAAGUUUGGCGACGGCAUCAUGAGCGGAGUCAACUUCACUACCAAGGUUGAGGCAGAGGUUGAUGAGACCGGUGCCAAGUGGGCUGUCAUCACGCUGAGAGGCAAAUGGCUCGACUUUGCUCGCUUCUAAACCACAACGAAAUAUUAAUGUACCUAUUGUUGCUCAUGAAUUAAUGAAUAGCUUAGGCGGAUGUAUAAUACUUGAAAUAAAAAAUGAAAGAUAAUGCUCUUGCUGUC